UUGAUGACGUCAGUACAUCAGGUCGUGAACGUGAGUUGGUAUUGAUGCUCGCUCCAGUUGCCUCAGGAGUAACAACAGCACUCUCUUAUCUUUAUAAACGUUUUAUAUUUGUUUUAUUUCUGUUAGAAGGUGACGAUGUCGUGGCUUAAAUCGGUUAAAUCACACAGUAGUGAGGACGUGUUUGACGAGAACGCGGACGAGCUCACAGUGCAGCGUAGAGAGUGGACCACCAACAUGAAGAGGAGGCUGAGGGAUGGUUAUGUAGAUGGAGCUGAUGCUGGUGAAGAGCUUGCACUUCAACUUGGUUUCAACCAGGGUUACAAGGAAGGAGCAGCUCAGACUGUUUCUGUGGGCCGUCUCAAAGGCAUCGUGAGUGCUAUAUGGUGCUGGUGCCAGAUCCAGCAUCCAGAAAACCCUGUCCCAGCCUCUGUGACUGACCUCCUGCAGCAGGUUUCACAGCAUGAAGAUAAAAUCACAGAAGGCAUCAGAAAGGCUAUGGAGAAUCCUCCUCCCAGUGUGAGUGAUGUCUCAGAAAUCAUGGAGGAUCUGGAAGUAAAGCAGGUAGAUUCUGGCUGUAGUGGGGAGAGCUGUGAAGAGACGGACUGCUGUAAGAGAGGAGAAAAUAUGGAACUGGAUGAUUGUUGCCAGCCACAAAAACUCUGUUCAGGGACGACUGACCACUAUUUCUGCUCAGAUGAAGGUCUACACCUCCUCGUGCAGCGUUGCAUGGAUGUAGUAGCAGAGCUGGAACUGCCACAGGAGCUUGUCAGUCAUAUACAGGAGCUUGAGAAGUUAUAAUGACUGAUGUCAGGGACCAAAAUCACACUAAGAAAGGAUUAUACUUGAACAGACACAUGAAGAGUGAAUCAAAACAGUGUUGACUUUUUAAAGGGUUCAGUGUGUAAGAAUAAUUGACCGCAAUGGUCUCAAAAAAGGACUCCUUCCGUUCCUAAGCACGUCAUGGAACUAUGGUCACCUUAGCAUACAAGAAAGGAUGUCUUUCUUCGUCACAUGUGGAGUAAGCUUAUCCUAAGGCUACAAAAACUAUUUUGAUUUAAAGCCAUUAUACAAAUGUACAUGUACACGUGGUGUAUUCAAUUUUUACCAAUAUAUGCUUCUAAUGCACUUUUCCAUUAUAUAGUUCUAGCCCUACUCAGCUCGACUUUCUAACUGAUCUACAGUUCGACGUUGUUCAGUUUGAUUCUUGUGUCGGAUGU